CAUCAAAUCUGUUUCAUUUUCCUGGAUUACUGUGACCUCAUUUGAAUCCUCCGAAUCAUCAUGUCUCGCCUUCCUGUCAAAAAGAUCCUGCUUACCGGCGCAACAGGCUAUGUCGGUGGUACUAUUCUCGAGCACAUCGUGAAAGCCCAAGACGAGGUUCUAAAAGGCCUCACCAUCGAUCUCCUCGUCCGAAGUGAUGACGCUGCCGCCAAACUUCGCUCGGCUUACGGCGACCGCGUGAAUCCCAUUCAUUGGGAUGGUCUGCAGGACGUCGACUACAUCAGAGACAUCGCAUCCAAUUACGAGCUUAUCAUCAACACUGGCUCGGGUUUUAUUCCAGACGGAGCCGAAGCUUUUGUGCGGGGUCUCGCCCGUCGCGUUGAACCAGACGUUCCUCCGCCUUGGCUAUUGCACAUUUCAGGUUGUAGCAAUUUAGCUGAUCGACCACUUACUCAAAAAGCAUAUCCGGAUAGAGAGUGGCAUGAUACGGACGGAAAUGCUGUUUAUGAGUUUCUGAAGUCUGAGGACGCGCGAGAGCCUUAUCCUCAGAGGACCACCGAGGUUCGUGUCUUGACUACAGCUGAAGAGACUGGUGUGCAAGCUGUCAGCCUCAAUACGCCAGUGAUCUUUGGGGCUGGCAAAGGUCUUUUUAACCAGCAGGGCAUUAUUAUACCUAUCAUAAUGCGCUACGUUAUUCAGCACGGAUACGGCUUCAAGUUGAACGAGACUGCGAACUGGGACUGGGUUCAUGUUGAGGAUCUUGCGGACGCCUUUGUGCUUCUCACUCGAACUAUUCUGGAGCGGGAAGACCAUGGAGUAGGCUAUAUUCCAACUGGAGAAAAUGGCAUUCUCUUUCCAGCUGUCGGGAGGGCUUUGCAGACUGAGAUCAUGCAAAGGUGUCUUGACGUUUCGUUCGAUGAAGGAAUAUUGCCUCGUGAAGAUACGCCUCCGUCAAAGGAGAUUAGGGAUGUUACUUUACAAGAGCUGGCGGAUGAGAUAACUGCUGGCCUUGUUGAUAUGGCGGAACGCGGAUGGGCGGGUACGAAGUCGAUGAAAGGUACUGAGUUAAAACGGCUCGUUGGUUGGAAUCCUAGUCGUUUGGAAGAUGCUUGGAAACAGGAUUUUAAGGAUGAGCUUGAGGCAUUGAAGUCUGGGAAGAGGCCAUGGACACUGGAAAGCUGCAUUGGUAAGGCUGGAUAGGUCAAUGAAGUACUGCUUUUGCGCGCCUGAGAUCAGAUAUUCUCCACUUGCCGAUGCCGCUCUCGACCAGAAGAUAGGAGCCCUAACUUUAAAUAAGCUAACUUGUCCCAAUACCCUCAGCCUAAACCUGUAUCACGGCAGCGGCUGCAGAUCUAGACUAAUCUAGGAUUCCAAUAGUGCUUCACUCUGCAUUUUAUGGCUUUGGCUGGCCAAUCGAGAUUACAAAUGACUG